GGUAAUCAGGACGCCCCAGCCCCGCCAGAGACCAUGGCGCAGCCUUACCCCUCGGCCCAGUUUGCGCCGCCCCAGAACGGCAUCCCGGCCGAGUACACGGCAGCGCACCCCCACCCCGCCCCGGACUACCCCGGCCAGACCCCCGUGGGCGAGCACACGCUCAACCUGUACCCCCCUGCACAGACGCACAGCGAACAGAGCAGCGGCCCGGACGCCAGUGUACAGACAGUCUCUGGCACAGCCACACAGACAGACGACGCAGCACAGACAGAAAGCCAGCAACAGACGCAGUCAUCGGAAAACACGGAAAACAAGACGCAGCCCAAGCGGCUCCAUGUCUCCAACAUCCCCUUCAGGUUCAGAGAUCCUGACCUCAGGCAAAUGUUUGGCCAAUUUGGUAAAAUCUUAGAUGUUGAGAUCAUUUUUAAUGAGCGGGGAUCGAAGGGGUUUGGUUUCGUAACUUUCGAAAGUAGUGCAGAUGCGGACAGGGCGAGGGAGAAAUUACAUGGCACCGUGGUAGAAGGCCGUAAAAUAGAGGUUAACAAUGCAACAGCUCGAGUAAUGACAAAUAAGAAGACAGUGAACCCAUAUGCAAAUGGCUGGAAGCUGAAUCCAGUUGUGGGUGCGGUCUACAGUCCAGAAUUCUAUGCAGUGCCAGGCUUUCCUUACCCAGCAGCCACGGCGGCGGCGGCGUACAGAGGAGCACACUUAAGGGGAAGAGGGCGUACUGUCUACAACACGUUCAGGGCGGCUGCACCUCCCCCCCACAUCCCUGCCUAUGGAGGUGUCGUAUACCAGGACGGCUUUUACGGUGCAGAUAUUUAUGGUGGUUAUGCUGCCUACAGAUAUGCCCAGCCUGCUACUGCCACUGCGGCUGCCUACAGUGACAGUUACGGACGAGUUUAUGCUGCCGACCCCUACAACCACACACUUGCUCCAGCAGCAACAUACAGCGUUGGUGCCAUGAAUGCAUUUGCACCCCUGACUGAUGCCAAGACCAGGAGCCAUGCGGAUGAUGUCGGCCUUGUUCUUUCUUCAUUACAGGCUAGUAUAUAUCGAGGUGGAUAUAGCCGUUUCGCGCCAUAUUAAAAACAAAAACAAAAGAGGAAAAAAAAGAAAAAAUAAUCUAUUCAAAAACAAAAACACUAUGAAAAUCUUCCUUUGGGGGGAAAAGAGAGAAUAUUUCAGAGGCCUGGGUAUUGCAGUACACGCUGUAGUGCAUCGUUUUAGCAUCUCUUAAGAGAGAAGGAAAAAAACGGAUAUUUUUCAUCUAUACCUCAGAUAUUUUGUGCUGUGUAUUUUAAUAUUGUGGGUUUUUAAUUUCUAAAGAUUACAUAGAUUGUUGGCUGUAGAGGUUUCUGUGGUGAUCUAGAAAGCUGCUAGAUUUUAAAAAAGAAGUUAAAAAAUGAAUUAAACAAAAGUGAGAAUACAAAUUGUUAGGGCUUUAUCAUGUAAAUGAAUUAUGUAUGAUAAAUAUUAAGUCACUUGGGGUUAUCAUAUUUUGUAAGAGUGUAAGUGACUACAGUAGUCAAGUGUUUUGUUUUGUUUUGUUUUGUUUGUUUUCUCUCUUGCUUUUCUUGACAUCGCUUUUGUUUCCUCUCUUCUGGUUUCUUUACUGUCGGGUCGGGGUGGGUAGGGGGACCAUGAUGGAUAUAUAGAAGUCUCUAGAAGGAGGUAGAGAACCAUAGUUGUCCUGAGAGUCUGGGUGUAGUUUCAUCAAUGAUAGGAAAACGGGCAGCCAAGGAGAAGGGGCCAGCUGUUGUAUCAAUAAUAUAAGCUGUGUUAUAUCAUUCAUUAGUCUAAGCCAAAGGUUAUGUUCCUGGGGUGUUAAAUGUGUAUAGUCAGAUUUUACAUAGAGACAAGUAGAAGUAAAAAAGAAAAAAAAACUCCCUGAAAAAAAAUCACCAUGGCAGUAUUUUACUGGUUAACUAUACUCUAGUCCGUAGGUCAAACCCCUACUAGUUUUAGGCCAACCACGAAAUCUUCUUUUUAUAUUACUUCCAGUAUAUUGAUUGAUAUAAUUGCUGACUUUUAUAUUAUGGGAGAUAUUAAAAAAGAAUAAUAAGAAAUACGGUGACAAUAGCACCGUUUCUAUUUUUUCUUUUCUUUUUUUUCAAAAGUAUUGAAACUAUGAUUAUUUGUACCAGAUGAAAGUGAAAAAACAACAGUGUAUUAAACAUGAGCUGUGCAGUGCAAAUGUUCUCUUAUACGAAUACACAACUGUAAAAUGUUUUAGAUUUAGUGUAGUAGACCAACUGUUAGAGAAAGGUGUCUCAUUUUUUAUGGAAUCAUACUCAGAUUUAUAUCAACACUUUACAAGUAAUGCAAUCAUUAUGUAGAUAUGAUCAUAGUAUUUUUGUCAACUCUACUAUUUUGCACAUACAACCUGCAAUUUUUCAUCGCUUCUCAGCUUGUGGAACAUUAUGUUGACUGUUUUCUUUUGUUUGGCUUCCUUUAAAUGUUUAGUUUUGAUAUCAUUUUUAAUGUGACAUCCUUUGUAAUAUUAUUUUCUAGGACACAGCCUUUACACUUUGAAAACUGUUUGAUUAUCAAGACAAAUGAGAAAUAUAUGACUUGUGAAAAAAAGAUAUCUAUAUGUAAAUAUGAAAUAAUGAUAAAUCUGUCAUUUACAAGUGCUACACAAACAAGCUGUCAAGGUGUCCUUGAAGAGUUGCAGCUUGGCUGUGCGUACGCAAAAGACUUCCCUUCAUGUUGUUUACAAGUAUACCUAAUUAGAGGUGUUUGUCACGUAUCUCAUUUUUUUGUAUUUAUAAAAAAAAAUUAAAACCAUAAAAUAACAAAGAUCAGGCAGCUUCAAUUUAUCCAGCUGCAAAUAACCUCCUGUGUACUGUGUGUGUUACAUCACACAACUUGGCAAAAAUAUCUUACCCACUGCUGUGACACUACUAUACAAUUUCUGCUUUGAAUAUGUGUUGUGAACAGGGCUUCUCCUUGUCAUUGUAUGUGCAUGCACUUUGUUCCGCUUAACAAUAACCAUCAAUAAAGUUUCAAGUUUCAAGAUAA